CAAACUGACGGCCAUGUUUUCCGACGUGUUAACGUAUUACGGAUAGAGACAGCAGGAAAAUGGCCGGUAGCGUGUGUUUGCAGUGUUGUUCAAUUUUGUGUAACUUUCGAUAAAUUCCUUCGUUUAAUAUACAAGGAUGUACGCCUAAAAGGGAAUUUCUUUCCAUGAGAGAAUAAGUUUUAACACGGUGACUCUGUACACGUCAAAGUGGAAGCAUACUAACAUGGCAAGUCCUUCGCCACAGUCAUCUCCCAUGCCUCCACCGCAAGCUCCAAGCCCUAUGGGUCCUCCUCAGCAGGCACCAUCACCUUCUAAUCCACAAGGAAGUCCAAUGGGUCUCCCACAGCAUCAUCCUCAUAGUCCAACAUAUCAAACUGGUCAAUCAAUUCCAUCUGGUGGUCCACCUAUGUCUCAACCACCGCCACAACAACAAAACUAUCCGUCACACCCUCAACAAAUGCAAUCAAGCAUGGGUCCACAGAAUCAAAGUGGACCCGGUGGCCCAUCCAAUCAAAGUUCCAACAACCAACAAGGCCCCGGAGGACCCAUGGUUCCUGGUCAGAUGGGACCAAACGGACCUCAAGGAACGUCUCACAUGAUGCAGUCUGGUCCAAAUCAAAUGGGUAACAGCGGACCAGGACAAAUGGGCACAGGUGGCCCUGGUCAGAUGGGUCCAGGAGGUCCUGGUCAAAUGGGUCCAGGAGGUCCUGGUCAGAUGGGGCCAGGUGGUCCAGGACCUAUUGGACCAAGUCACAUGGGACAAGGAAGCGGUGGACCACCAGGUGGCCCUCACAUGAGCCAAGGACCGUCGCAAAUGGGCCCUGGAAGUGGUCCACCAGGCCCACAAAUGGGUCCUGGCGGGCCAGCUAAUUCCCAAAUGGUCCCUGGAGGUCCUGGUGGUCACAUGGGCGGGCCUCCAGGACAAGGUCACAUGGGUGGAAGUGGCCCACAGGGACCAGGACACAUGAGUUCGAGCGGACCACAAGGUCCAGGUCACAUGAACACGAAUGGACCACCAGGAUCAGGCCACGUAAACACGAAUGGUCCUCCAGGAUCUGGACAUAUGAACACCAGCGGGCCUCCAGGAUCGACGCACAUAAACGCCAGUGGUCCCCCGGGACCAGGAAGUCACCUGAACAGUGGACCGCCCAUUCCUAGCCAUAUGAACGCGAGUGGUCCACCAGGAUCAGGGCACAUGAGCGCCAGUGGGCCUGGAAGUCACAUGGGACCUGGAGGUCCAGGACAGAUGCCACCUGGGGGUCCUAAUACGCAUGGGAUGCCACCCGGAGGUCCUAAUCAAAUGGGCCCUGGCGGUCCAAACCAGAUGACAUCCAGCGGUCAAUCAGCAAUGGGGCCUAGUCCUAUGGGUCCCGUUGGUCCAACAGGGCAAAUGGGUCACAACGGACCUUCGCAGAUGGGCCCGAACGGUCCAGGUCAAAUAAACAUGGGAGGUCCCUCGUCGCAGAUGGGAAUGGGACCUGGAGGACCAGCUGGCCAGUUAGGCCCAGGAAGUGGUCCUGUAGGACAACUAGGACCGAAUGGUCUCGGACAAAUGGGAUCAGGAAGUGGUUCUGGAGGACAGAUGCCUCCUGGCAAUGGGCCCGGAGGUCCCAUAGGUCCUGGAAGCAGUCCUGGGGGACAAAUGGGAUCGAGUGGUGGACCAGGAGGACAAAUGGGUCCUGGAAAUGGCCCUGGUGGACAAAUGGGACCGGGAGGUGGAAGUCAAAUGGGUCCAGGAAAUCCUUCUGGAAAUCCGAUGCCACCAGGUGGUGGACCUGGUGGACAGAUGGGUCCUGGAAGCGGUCCUAGUGGACAAAUGGGAUCGGGAAAUGUAAGUGGAGGACAAAUAGGCCCUGGAAAUGGUCCAAGCGGGCAAAUGGGACCCAGUGGACCUGGAGGACAGAUGGUUCCCAGUGGUCCUGGUGGACAAAUGAUGCCUGGUGGACCUGGAAGUCAAAUGGGACCUGGCGGGCCUGCUAAUCAAAUAGGACCAAGUGGACCAAGCAGUCAGCUGAGUCAUAGCGGGGCGAGUCAAAUGGGACCGAACGGACCAACCGGACAGCCAUCUUCAGGUCAAAUGGGACCUGGUUCUCAAAAUCAACAAAUUAUUCCUGGUGGUUCGACGCCAAUGGGGCCUGGCGCAUCCGUGAAUCAAAUGAGUCAAAUUGGCCCCGGACAAAUUGGCCCUACUGGCCCUGGAGGUCCUCCUGGUGCUGGCCAGGAAAACUUACACGCUCUGCAAAAAGCCAUCGAUUCUAUGGAAGAGAAAGGACUUCAAGAAGAUCCUCGCUACUCCCAAUUACUCGCUUUAAGAGCUCGUCAAGGUAAUAUGGGAGAAAAACAAGCGUUUAGUUCGCAGCAAUUACAACAGCUACGCGUGCAGAUAAUGGCGUAUCGGUUAUUAGCGAGGAACCAACCGUUGACGCAACAACUAACGAUUGCUCUUCAAAGUGGAGCACCUCCUCCUCCUCCAGGUAUGGGACAACGUGCUCCUAUAGAUCCAUCUCAAGGAACCACUGCCACCCCAGGUCCACAAAUUUCUGGACCAAACGUAAUCGGUCCCGCAGUUCCUCCGAGGCCAGGUUGUCAAACACCGCAACAGCAACAGCCUCCUCAACCAGGUGCCAAGACUAACAGAGUAACGAGCGUGGCGAAACCAGCUGGAUUAGAUCCGCUAUUGAUAUUACAAGAACGUGAAAACAGGUGCUCACAGGACUUAUCAAAGGUGGCAGCGCGUAUAGCAUUGCGCAUGGAACAAUUGAGCAAUUUACCAACCAAUAUGCCAGAAGAUCUUCGUGUCCAAGCACAGAUCGAAUUGCGAAUGCUUAGAGUAUUGAAUUUCCAAAGGCAAUUACGAUCAGAGAUCUUAGCGUGCACUCGGAAGGACACUACAUUAGAAACUGCGGUAAAUGUAAAAGCCUAUAAGCGUACGAAGAAACAAGGCCUUCGGGAAGCUAGAGCUACCGAAAAACUCGAAAAGCAACAGAAGUUGGAAGCAGAACGUAAACGCAGACAAAAACAUCAAGAAUUCCUUAACUCUGUGCUUCAACAUGGUAAAGAUUUCAAGGAGUUCCAUCGGAAUAACGUGGCCAGGCUGGCCAGGCUUAACAAAGCAGUUCUCAAUUAUCAUGCCAACGCGGAACGAGAACAGAAGAAGGAACAAGAACGAAUCGAAAAGGAACGUAUGCGACGUCUUAUGGCAGAAGAUGAAGAAGGAUACAGAAAGUUGAUCGAUCAAAAGAAAGAUAAGCGAUUAGCUUUCCUGUUAUCGCAGACUGAUGAAUACAUUAGUAACCUGACCGAAAUGGUUAAACAACAUAAAAUCGAACAAAAGAGAAAGCAAGUGGAGGAGCAAAAGCGCAAGAAAAAGAAGAAGAAGAAGAAGUUGCAAGAUAGCGAGGGUGGUGAAGACGGUAACUCCAACGAAGACACUCGCGUAGGAGUAAUCGAAAUUGCUACCGGUCGCACGUUAACCGGUGAAGAAGCGCCAUUGAUGAGCCAACUUUCAGCAUUUUUAGAAUCUCACCCAGGUUGGGAACCGAUCGAGUCAGAAAGCGAAGAUGACGAUGAUGACGACGACGAUGAUAACGAUGGCGACGACAAAUGUGAUAAUAAAGAAAAGUCUGCGGGCGAUUCGGAAGAAGAAAAGGUCAAGAAAACAAUACACAAAGCGAAAGUGGAAGAUGACGAGUAUAAAACUGAAGAACAGACGUAUUAUAGUAUCGCGCAUACUGUUCAUGAAGUAGUAACAGAGCAAGCGUCGAUCAUGGUUAAUGGAAAAUUGAAAGAAUAUCAAAUAAAGGGCUUGGAGUGGUUAGUUUCAUUAUUUAAUAAUAAUCUUAAUGGUAUACUUGCCGAUGAAAUGGGUCUUGGUAAAACUAUCCAAACCAUAGCGCUGGUGACUUACCUGAUGGAGAAGAAGAAAGUCAAUGGUCCAUUCCUCAUAAUCGUGCCGUUGUCUACAUUAUCAAAUUGGGUUUUGGAAUUCGAGAAAUGGGCUCCUAGUGUGGUGGUAGUGUCGUACAAAGGCUCGCCGGCCGGUAGAAGAGCUAUUCAAUCUCAAAUGAGAGCCACUAAAUUCAACGUUUUGCUUACUACGUACGAGUACGUCAUUAAAGAUAAAGGCGUCUUAGCCAAACUGCAGUGGAAGUACAUGAUCAUCGACGAAGGUCAUAGAAUGAAGAACCAUCACUGUAAACUAACGCAAGUGCUGAAUACGCAUUACUUAGCUCCUCACCGACUAUUACUAACAGGAACACCGUUACAAAAUAAAUUACCCGAGUUGUGGGCGUUGCUAAACUUCCUACUUCCGUCGAUAUUCAAAUCUUGCAGCACCUUCGAGCAGUGGUUCAACGCUCCAUUCGCAACUACCGGUGAAAAGGUCGAACUGAACGAGGAAGAAACUAUUCUUAUUAUUCGUCGGUUGCACAAAGUAUUACGUCCUUUCCUAUUGAGACGUCUGAAAAAAGAAGUCGAGUCGCAAUUACCCGAUAAAGUCGAAUACAUCAUCAAGUGCGACAUGUCCGGGUUACAGAAAGUUCUUUACAAACACAUGCAGAGUAAGGGUGUACUUCUAACCGACGGUUCUGAAAAAGGAAAACAGGGUAAAGGAGGCGCCAAGGCCUUGAUGAACACCAUUGUGCAGUUAAGAAAGUUAUGCAACCACCCAUUCAUGUUCCAAGCCAUCGAAGAGAAGUAUUGCGAGCAUGUUGGCACGCAGGGCUCUGGCGUCAUUACGGGACCUGAUUUAUAUCGUGCAUCUGGUAAAUUUGAACUGUUGGACCGGAUUCUUCCGAAAUUGAAAGCAACUAAUCACAGAGUACUAUUAUUCUGUCAAAUGACACAGCUGAUGACGAUCAUGGAAGACUAUCUGAGUUGGAGAGGAUUUAUGUAUUUGCGAUUAGAUGGUACAACAAAGGCUGAGGACAGAGGAGACUUAUUAAAGAAGUUCAACGAUCCAGGUUCUGAGUACUUCUUGUUCUUGUUGUCGACGCGUGCUGGUGGUCUCGGUUUGAAUCUCCAAGCCGCGGAUACCGUAAUUAUCUUCGAUUCCGACUGGAAUCCUCACCAGGACUUGCAAGCUCAAGACAGAGCACACAGAAUCGGUCAAAAGAACGAAGUACGCGUGCUUAGACUGAUGACGGUCAAUUCGGUGGAAGAAAGAAUAUUGGCAGCGGCCAGGUACAAAUUGAACAUGGACGAAAAGGUUAUACAAGCGGGAAUGUUCGAUCAGAAGUCCACUGGUUCGGAGCGACAACAAUUUUUGCAAAGCAUCUUGCAUCAAGAUGAUGCUGAAGAUGAAGAAGAAAACGAAGUACCGGACGACGAAACGGUAAAUCAAAUGAUUGCUCGAACCGAGGGCGAAUUCGAGACAUUCCAAAAAUUAGACUUGGAACGAAGAAGAGAAGAGGCAAAGUUAGGUCCGAACAGAAAGUCUCGAUUGCUAGAGGAAGCUGAGUUGCCCGAUUGGUUGGUGAAAGAUGAUGAUGAGGUUGAAAGAUGGACCUACGAAGAAGACGAAGAUAGGUUCCUUGGACGAGGUUCGAGGCAACGAAAAGAAGUCGAUUAUACGGAUAGCUUAACGGAGAAGGAGUGGCUGAAAGCGAUCGACGACGAUGGUGCUGAGUAUGAAGAGGAGGAGGAAGACGACAAGAAGAAGAAGAAAACACGAAAACGAAAAAAGAAGGGUGAAGAAGACGACGAACCUAUACCAAAGAAACGGAGAGGCGGUGGAUCCUCGAUUGAUCCGAAAAUGAAACGGGCUAUGAAGAAAUUGCUUAUGGUAGUUGUUAAUUACACCGACAGCUCGGAUGGUAGACUACUUAGCGAACCAUUUAUGAAAUUACCAUCUAGGAGAGAAUUGCCAGAUUAUUAUGAAAUUAUUAAGAAGCCACUAACCAUCAAUAAAUUGCUUCAAAAAAUUGAAGAGGGAAAGUACGCCGAUUUCGAUGAUCUCGAGAAAGAUUUCAUGCAGCUCUGCAAGAAUGCGCAAAUUUAUAAUGAAGAAGCUUCUCUGAUACACGAAGACUCUAUCGUCUUACAAUCCGUGUUCACAAAUGCGCGUCAACGUAUCGAAGAGGAGGGUAAUAAUUCAGACAUUGAUGAUAAAGGUGAUGGUGAAGAAGGGUCUGAUGCUGAUUCUAGUGUAAGAAUGAAAAUUAAAUUGAAAGGAAAGAAGGGCGAAGGCAGAGGAGGUCGAAGGAAGAGAGUUACAAAGAAAUAUAUAUCCGAUGACGACGACGACGCCGAUGACAACUGAGACUUGUGAUCUUUUAGCAUACACGAGACAGUAGAUGGCUAAGAUUCCUGUAACCAACUGUCUCAGAUUGAAUUACUAUCCAUGUGCACAAUUGUUAUUAUAUAGUUAAACUAUAUGAAAUUAUGCAAGGAAGCGAUUGAACAACUUGAUUAUAGUAUGAAGGUACUAUUACCGAUCAGGUUGGAAAUCCAAGAGAUCUGGUCGCUUCUGACAAUUGAACCUUUGAAGUCUACGUUAAAUCCAGUACUGUAGAUUUGAUACGAAGCGCCAUGAACUAUAAUCGGUCACAGAUCAUUAUUUCUUAUUUAAAACGGGCGUACGUGCCACUAUGUACAGUAACAUUUAGUGUUAAAUAACAGUAUGUAAUUUUAUUUUAAUUUUAAAGCGGGUAUACCAAGAUCUAACCAUGUAUUACAUUUGGACAAGGUAUAUAUAUUCGAAGAUAAAAUUGAUGGAAGCAGCAUACUCCAUUUUGUGGAGGAUAUAUAAAAAGAUGAUAGUAAAGUACUGAACAAUUUGAAAGAUUUUGUAUUUUCAAUGGUGUUAAGAUAUCGAACAUUUGUUUAACAUAAUUUCAUACCUUUAACCUUGUUGCUAAUGCUAUAUCUGACUGACAAUUUAAUCAGUGAAGAUAUAUAGAUGUGUGUAUGUACAGAAAAUGUUGAUUUUUAAAGUUCAACAUUUGAUCGAUACACAUAUAUUAGAACAAAUUAGAAACGUAUAUUAAUAAUUUUUUUGUGCGAUUUAAACAUUGUUUGCUGCUUUCCGUUGUUUGCGUAUAUAGGUAGCAAGUGCGACGAAAAUCGACAACUUGCUCCUUAAACAUAAGUUAGCAACCAGCAGGAAAACCUUUGUCUAAAUUUCCAUAUCGUGAAAAUGAUUAUUUCUUUAAUAUUGUAUUGCCACUUGACCUUAUGUAUAAGUGAAUAAAUCUUAAAAAAUGUCCAAAAA